AACAAAAGCAAAUCCGAGUGCGCCCGACAACAAAGUCAAUUGAGCGAUUAUUUAUCGCCAUAUACCAAGUCAGCCCGGAACGGUUGUUUCAUCGAGUCAGAUACCGUCUUCUAAUCUGCGAUCGUAACGCCCUGGGGCUCAAUCGCAAAGUACACAGCCAACUUUUUGGAUUUUUUUUCUUCUCUUUCCCUGAGCUGACCGCGGGGCUCCUUCAGGUGGCAAUCAUGACAAAGGUAGACCAUAAGGCUGUACUCAUUGUCAUUGAUGGCUGGGGUCUGCCAUCCGAGACAUCUCCCCCCGAAGGCGAUGCGAUCCUCGCUGCUGACACGCCUGUCAUGGACGGUUUCGCCAAGGAGGGGAGCGACACUGCGCAGGGAUAUACCGAGCUUGAAGCAUCAGGAAAUGCUGUAGGGCUUCCAGAUGGCUUGAUGGGCAACAGCGAGGUCGGCCACUUGAAUAUCGGUGCUGGCCGCGUGGUUUGGCAGGACGUCGUUCGUAUCGACAACACUAUCAAGAAGGACAAGAUGAGAGAUGUAAAGGAGGUUAAGAACAGUUUUCAGCGAGCCAAGGACGGCAACGGCAGACUGCACCUCCUUGGGCUGGUCAGCGACGGCGGUGUGCACAGUCAUAUCAACCAUCUCAUUGCACUGCUCAAGGUUGCAAAGGAAAUGGACGUACCGAAGGUGUUUAUCCACUUUUUCGGAGACGGCCGAGACACCGAUCCGAAAUCAGGUAAAGGUCACCUGGAGCAUCUUUUGGACGAGUGCAAGAAGAUUGGCCUCGGAGAGAUCGGCACCGUCGUUGGACGAUACUAUGCCAUGGAUCGUGAUAAGAGAUGGGACCGAGUUGAAAUCGCUAUGAAGGGCCUCGUACUCGGAGAGGGCGAGGAAAGCGACGAUCCAGUUGCCACGAUAGCUGAACGGUACUCCAAAGACGAGACCGACGAGUUCUUGAAGCCAAUCAUCGUUGGCGGGAAGGAGCGGCGGAUUCAAGACGGCGACACUCUGUUUUUCUUCAACUACCGCUCCGACCGAGUCCGUGAAAUUACUCAGCUGAUGGGUGAUUUCGACCGCUCUCCAAAGCCGGACUUCCCUUAUCCCAAGGACAUCUCCGUGACUACCAUGACGCGCUACAACACUGCUUUCAAGUUUCCCAUCGCGUUCCCUCCCCAGGUCAUGAGCAAUGUUUUGGCCGAGUGGCUUGGAAACCAAGGCUUAAAGCAGUGCCACGUCGCCGAGACUGAGAAAUAUGCACACGUCACGUUCUUCUUCAACGGAGGUGUCGAGAAGCAAUUCGAAGGUGAAGAGCGCGAGCUCAUUCCAUCGCCAAAGGUAGCGACGUACGACUUGCAGCCUGAAAUGAGCGCCAUGGCCGUUGCCGAGAAACUCGCGGAGCGCAUUGCGGAGGGCAAGUUCGAGUUCUUGAUGAACAACUUUGCGCCACCGGACAUGGUGGGUCACACUGGCGUCUACGAAGCUGCUAUCAAGGGAGUUGCCGAGACGGACAAGGCCAUUGGUGUUGUGUACGAGGCGUGCAAAAAGCAUGGUUAUGUACUUUUCGUAACAGCUGAUCACGGUAACGCCGAGGAGAUGUUGAACGAAGAGAAGAAGCCAAAGACGAGUCAUACGACGAACAAGGUGCCAUUUGUGAUGGCCAACGCUCCAAAGGAAUGGACUUUGAAGAAGACGGACGGCGUGCUCGGCGACGUGGCACCGACAGUUCUCGAGUGUAUGGGCUUGAGCAUACCUGAGGAGAUGGAUGGGACAAGUCUUUUGAUUAAGAGCUAGAGUUUCUAGACAUCUCUAGACGUUGAUAUAGUUUCUAUGUAGAAAGAUGGCGAGCAGGAGGACUUGGACGCGUAUUUCAGAAGUGAGGAGACUUGUGUCCACGAGCUCAUAGAUAGUCUAGAUACGCAUAUGGACAAGAUAGAGUGCCUUCUUGGUACGUAUUCAUUAGACCCCGUUUCCGCGGAUCUAAACAUGUCCGAAGCUGUUCAAGAGCAGCCUGCUUAAAGUGCGUGGCGCUAUCGAUUUGGCCGUAGCAUGAACAUGCUGUGUUGUCUUCAAUCCAGUUAUAAAACUAC